GGGAAAUUUUUAUUUUGAGAAUUUCCAGAUUUAAUUUAAAUCGUCAGCUUCCUCUACCCUGUUGUAAAUGCCAUGCUGAACUGAAGAACCCUAAUCUUUUUGUUGUUCAUAAGGCACUUCCUUCAUUUCUGUAAUAGCUCAUGUUUGACAUUCAAAUGGAAUAAAGUUUCCAUUCAUUGUGGGACUGACAGUUGUUGGGGAUUGCAGUGAAAGUUUGCAAUCAUAAAAAUUAAAUUGUUACUUAACUAUGAAGCCCAGAAGACCCUCCCUUACGCAGAUCAAGCUUCUCAAUAGCUUCUUCUUCACUUGCUUUUCUCCCAGUGGUUUUCCCUGGACAGAUUCCUCAAGUGACUAACGGCAACCAGAGAUGAAAGGGACCAACAACGUCACCUUGGAGGGCUUCAUUCUGGUGGGUGUAUCUGACCAUCCUCAGCUGGAGAUUGUCUUUUUCGUAGUCAUUCUCUUCUCUUACUUGCUGACCCUAUUUGGUAACUCAACCAUCAUCCUUCUUUCCUGCCUAGAUGCCCGGCUCCACACACCCAUGUACUUCUUCCUCAGCAACCUCUCCACUCUGGACCUUGCCUUUACUACUAGCUCAGUCCCUCAAAUGCUGAUCAACUUAUGGGGACCAGACAAGAUUAUCAGUUAUGGUGGCUGUGUGACCCAGCUCUAUGUUUUCCUCUGGCUAGGGGCUACUGAGUGCAUCCUGCUGGUGGCGAUGGCAUUUGACCACUAUGUGGCAGUUUGCCGGCCCCUGCACUACACCACCAUCAUGAACUGUUGGCUCUGUUGGCUGCUGGCUGCCAUUGCCUGGUUGGGUGGCUUGGGCAACUCUGUGAUCCAGUCAACAUUCACUCUGCAGCUCCCAUUGUGUGGGCACUGGAGGGUGGACAACUUCCUGUGUGAGGUGCCUGCCAUGAUCAAACUGGCCUGUGGAGACACAAGUCUCAAUGAGGCUAUGCUCAAUGGUGUCUGCACCUUCUUCACUGCCAUCCCACUCAGCAUCAUCCUGAUCUCCUACUGCUACAUAGCUCAGGCAGUGCUGAAGAUCCGCUUGGUUGAGGGGCGGAGAAAGGCAUUUAACACACGCCUCUCCCAUCUGGUGGUGGUGCUCCUCUUCUAUGACUCAGCUACCUAUGGGUAUCUGCUUCCAGCUAAGACCAGCAACCAGGACCAGGGCAAAUUCAUUUCCCUCUUCUACUCUGUAGUCACGCCCAUGGUGAACCCUCUCAUCUACACUCUGAGGAACAAGGAAGUAAAGGGGGCACUGAGGAGGCUGCUGGGGAAGGGAAGAGAAGUCUACUGAGAGAAAGAAAAAACUCCUUCAUCAUUUAUAGCCUCUUCAUCUCUACACACUUUUCCUCAUUUUCUCUCUGGCCAGGUGAACAUGAGGAGUACUAACCCUGGUACAAACUAGGCAUGUUCCCAACAACCCUAAGCUGUUGGGACAUGGUUACUGUUAUUUCUAAUAUUCUACACUUAUUUACCAAAAAUCCUACUGUGGACUACAGAUAACAGGGCAGACAUGUGUCAUCAAUGGCUCAGAGGUUGUUGACUUACUACAGACCUAGCUCACUGUCUCUG